AUGACUUCAGAUAACCACCCCCCGGGGAGCACCCAGCAACCGCUGGCAAAUUCACCAACUGCCCCCGUACCUCAGAAUAUACCAGCAGCAUCCCCUCCAACGAAGCAGAGUUUGAAGUCAUGGUGGAAAGGGUUCAGUAAACAGCCUCCAAAGAUCCAGGAACAAAAUGGUAAUGCUCCAUUUUCAUGGUAUCCUGUUGCGUCUCCUUUCCGUUAUCAGCAGAACUAUUAUACAGGAAGCCUCAUUCUGGAUUUGCAUUCCAAUACACAAGGCAUGUUAAAGGAAAACAGACUGGAUCAUGCAACUCCAACCGCAGACGGCUCUUCUGGAGGAGAACAAGUAACCCAUGAUAUUUUGUCCUCUGGCAGAUGCAUCUCGCACCGUUACCCAGGCACCAGUCUGGGAAUGGAGAGCGCCCCAGAGUCUAUGCCUAGACGGAGAUCCUCAAGCUACAUGCCUGAUGUGGAGGGCGACUUGGAGCGUAGUGCGCGUGCAAAACGAUACUCUGUUAUGGGUACUACCCAGGCUUCCGCUCUCUCUAGUGAACACAUGGGCGAGGCAGUUGCCUCAGCCAUCAGCUGCCCAUCUCAAAUGCCAAGUGCAGGCGCGCAAAGAUCUGCUAAGAAACCCAGAAAAGCAGCACCUCUUCCUACCGGAAUAUUUGGCAUCCCUCUCCGCCAGAGCAUCACCUAUGCGAAUGUUGCAAUCUCCCUUGUGGACGGAGAAGGACGGAGCUACAUUUAUGGAUAUGUUCCAAUUGUCGUGGCAAAGUGCGGAGUGUAUCUGAAAGAGAAAGCUACUAAUGUCGAGGGCAUCUUUCGACUGAGCGGAUCUGAGAAACGCAUCAAAGAGCUCCGGACUAUCUUUGACUCUCCAGACCGCUACGGAAAGGGUCUUGACUGGGCAGGAUAUACGGUCCAUGACGCUGCAAAUGUUUUGAGAAGAUACCUUAACCAGCUUCCCGAGCCGAUUGUCCCACUGGAUCUCUACGAACGAUUUCGAGAACCCUUGCGAGGAUUUACAAAGCAAGCAGUAGGAGAUGCUGAAGGGCCUCAACUUUCCGAAGAUUUCGAUGCUGCGAAGGCGAUUGUUACUUACCAACAGCUGAUUACAGAGCUUCCACCACUGAACCGCCAACUUCUGCUCUACAUCCUUGAUUUACUGGCUGUAUUUGCUUCAAAGUCAGAUGAGAACCGCAUGACUUCGGCGAAUCUUUCAGCAAUCUUCCAACCAGGAAUGCUUUCGCAUCCGGUUCAUGAUAUGGAGCCAGGGCAAUACCGCCUCAGCCAAGACGUCCUCAUCUUUCUGAUUGAAAACCAAGAUCACUUUCUGAUUGGGAUGCGAGGCACUGCUGCAGAUGAGAAGACAGUGGCUGAGGUUCAGAAUGGAGGCACUCCUCCACCAGGUACCCCAAGCACUCCUGGCAAGACGAAGAGUGGCGUCGCAAGAACUGCGUCCAAUGCUAGUGCCGGUGCAGACAGUGUCAGGAAGUUUGGAGGCAUCAGACGGAAUGUUUCGGUCUCCUCCCACCACUCGAGGCAGUCAAAUGGUGCUCCGAGUCCAGCAAGUCCAGCAUACGGUCCACCCGUGACGCACUCCCCAGGCGCCGGUAUCCAUCGAAGCAAUACGGUUCCCUCAAAGCGGUCUCCAGGAUUGCCGCCCAACAGGUUGAACAAGCACUCUGGAUCCCCGUCGCCCACCGCAGCUGCAGUCAUGUCAAGCCAACACGUUGCUCCUCGGGGACUCUCACCUGUGGCAGCAGGCUCCACAACCCGCAAUGUGUCUCCAUCAGCGUCUAGUGCUGCCCCUACUGCGCCUGGUGUUUCGAGCUUAGCUCCAUCAUAUGCUGCUCCGGUUACCAGCAACGAGAGACUGCUCGGAGACCAAAAUGUGACGCCGCCCACGUCACGAAACAUCUCAAACCUAUUCCAGAGAUCGCCUACCUCGGCAACAGAGGGUGAAAAGAAGCAGCCGAACAAGCUUCGCAAGAAGCGUGCACCAGGUAGCUCGAAUCCCAGCGCCCACAGCUCUACCCAAUCACUGCACAGUCAAGAUCAUUCUUCGCCUGCUUUUCCGCCCACCCGCAUCGCAAGUGAGGUUGCCUCCCAUCCACCCUUGGAAAGUAUCCCAUCCGCGAAUCCCAUACUGUCUGAGACCCAAGCCACUCCUCCUGCCACCGAGCCUUCUCAAGCUGAUGUUGCCGGGCUUCAAUUGAUGGCUAGACACGAUGAGCUUCACCAGUCAUCAGAAAACACUCUCAAAGCUGCCUCGCCAAGCGGCUCUCUGCGAUCCCGGUCGUCGUACAACGACCAGUCAGACCCUGAUCAUCAAGAGGAUACGGCUGCUGUCGCCGAGCAAAGAGAGAAACGAUCGCGAUGGAGACUGUCACGGCACUAUCGAGAACCCUCUCAGCUAGGAACUAAUUUGAGUCCAAAGAAGGCCGCUGGCUCAGAGAACGGUGCGGGGGCCAGUUCUAGUUCCGUAGGAAGCUCGUCUCGUCAUCGGAAGAGUUUCUCAGCCGAUUUCCACCCGGCUGGCACAGACUCGACUCCAGUUGGCGUACAGCCCCAGUCAACUCAGGAAAUUUCGACUUUUGGCGAGGAAAAGAAGGGUCCCCUGGGAUGGAUUAAGAAGAUGCGCGAUAAGCUUGAAGAGAACAAGGAGAGAGAACGCAAUAAGAGCCCCCCCGCUUCGAUCGAUCGCAUUGCAUCAGCGAUCCCAGCCCGAGGAAAGGAACCAGAACGCGCAUUCGAAGAGCGUACCACCCCCCCUCAAGUUUCACAACAACCUCCUCAGCAACCUCCUCAGCAACCUCCUCAGCAACCUCCUCAGCUACUUCCUCAGCAACCUUCUCAGCAACCUCCUCAGCAACCUCAGCCGUAG